AUGACUGAGGCCCUUAACCGCAAGUUUGAUCUCCUGUUGAGGAGUGGCACUUGCUCGCCGUACCUCCUCGAUGUGGUGACGUUGCUUGUGGCACACGCCAAUGACACCGAGUUACUCAAAAAAGAGCUGCGUUCCGCGCCCUUUGACAAUGCCGUACCUCCAAAGGCACAACGCAUACCGAAUGCCUCCGCCGACCAUGUGGGUGCUGCGCCACAACCAGCAAUCGUCUCCCUGGUGCCCCGCCAAAGUGAAGUUGGGGUUUCUGUAGAAGUGGAACAGGCGGCAUUAAGUGCGAAGGAGAGUGUUCUUCUUGCGGCAGAGACCUCACUGCGCUCGUACGCAGCAGACCUAAAGAAAAUUAACGAUAUCGCCAUUGCCACAAGCUCUAAGAGUCUACGCGAGUUGAAGACCAGCACCUCCACCGACAUGUCAGCUUUCCGAGACCGCGUGGUUAGAGAUACUGUUGAGCAGACACGAGAAGAGUUGGACUCGCUACGCAUGGGUUGGCUAGAGUCAAUGGACAAGGAUGUGGAACGUCUCAAGGCGGAGAUUCAUCAGAUGGGCCUCACAACGCAGAACGAGCUUAGAAGAAUUGUGGAGGGGUGCAAUGUUUUUAUAUCGAAAGGAUUCAAACUGCUCAAGGCAGAGCCAUUAGUAGAUGUGCAUUGUGCUAUGGCACAGUCUGCAUUGUCAGCGGAGCGCGUAGAACUUGUGGAGCGGCAAAUCGUUCCACGGGCUGAGAUUGACGUGCUGUGUGAGCGAGUAAAGAGCGUUGAGCGCGUCAUUGCGCAGAUGGUGAACGAUGCGCGGGUUCCUGCAGUGUCAUGUGUUGGUGCUGCACUCUUGCCACUUGCGGAGUCGUUGAGCAAUGAGGGAGCUGCCGCGGAUCCCGAGGACGCGAAACCGUUGGGGCUGCAGCUGCGGGACGGCGGGGAUGAAGUGGAGGGUGUAAUUAUCACGGAGGUGACACCGAACUCAUCCACAGAAAAGGCCAAGAUUGGAGUCGGCUGCAUUAUUUCCCACGUUGGACGAACAUACGUCUCACGAAAAAGUGACUUCGCCGCCGCUGUUCAGCAGGCUGGAUCUGUGGUGAAACUUACUGUGUACGAUCCACAAACAGCAAGGGUUCGAAUUGUUACUGUAGAGCGCUGA